UCGGUGCCGGGCGCCUACAAGCCGGAGCUGGCGGAGGAAAAGAAAUACUGGUGCCGGGGCAGGAACUGGCUCUACUGCUCCGUCCUCGUUCAGACCACGGCUGCCGGGGACGAGGCGAGGGGGGACAGGGUUUCGCUGCGAGACGACCGGGCUCGGCACGUGUUCGUGGUGACCAUGGAGAACCUGACGGUGGGCGACGGGGAUAUGUACUGGUGCGGGAUCCAGCUGCAGUGGUCUGACCCCAUGGUGCCCGUCACCGUGUCUGUCCUCCCAGUGCCCUGAACCUGACUGUCUGGGUCCUGACGCCGUCCGUUGCGCUAGCGCUGCUUCUGAGCGUCGUCGUCGGCCUCAGGCUGAGAAGGGCAUCGCCAGGAAAGA